AUGAAUUUAGCACAGAUAAGUAAUAGCGUAAUACUUAUUCUGGCAAUAGCUGUUCUUAAUAGUGAAGAACAAAACAAUUUCAACAUUACGAAUUACGUACGUUUUCCUCAUUACGUGUUACCAGUGCACUACUGCAUACAGCUCGACUACCUAAUUUAUAAACACAUUGAUGAUAAUCUUGAAUUAGAUGAAGCAUAUAACUGUAAUUUACCAUCAAAUGAGUUCUUAACUUGGAUCCAGUACAAACAUUAUCCUGUUGUAAUCUGGGAACAAUACGAACAUUCCCGAGUUAUAAAAAGAAUAUCGAAAAGUUAUAAUACAACGAGUUACGGAAAGUGGCUGAUACCCAUAACUUUAAGGGAAAUAUCAUCAUUAAAUGAAAAUAUGUGGAAAAUAUGUUUAAAACCAAAUAUUGGUUCUUCCGAGUUUCCCACAGCUAUUUUAAAUAAAUCUUGGAUGGUAAACAUUGAGCAAGCUGGUUACUAUCGAAUCAAAUAUGAUUCAAUAACCUGGGGAAACAUUGCAAAAUAUUUAAAUGACACAGCUGGAGAUUAUAAGAGUAUAAGUGUCAUCAAUCGUGCGAAAUUUAUUGAUGAUGCGUUUCAUUUGAUGAUGAAUCGUGAGCUCGAUGUAUCUGCAUUUUGGAAUCUCACGAAAUUCUUAUCGCAAGAAACAAAUUUCGUAGUGUGGUAUCCAAUGAUUAAAAAAUUGAGGUCGCCGAUAUUAUGCCUCUUACCAUGGUGGAAGCACUGGACAUAUUGCAAUGGUGUUGCAGUAACUUAUUCAUUUACGUGGACACACAUAAGAGAUAUAUGGUUCAAAGCACGUAAUCAUACGUUGCUACCCUUCUUAACUUGUUUUAGGUAUGCUACUCCAAAUACUACUUCUUCAUUAUUAUUGAAGCGUUUCCAAGAGGAAGGGCAACAAGACAUUACGAAUGUUCGUUCGUACAUAAACAUUUUUCAUUCAGUUAUUACAAAAUAUUCUAACACACAUGACAUACUCGAGAUGAUAUUUAGAAAACUCGAGAUUAUGAAACCUGAACAAAUGAGCUUGUUAACAGCGCUGGUCGAUAUCAUUAACCAUGUAUAUUCUUCCAAAUAUCUUAUUAAGAUUCAAGAUGAUUAUAUAAAUUCACUUUCCUUUAGAGGUUACAUAAAUAAAUCACAACUUUUGCUAAUUCAAAGAAAGAUAUCCAUCCGAUUGUCAGAAAUUGCCGCUCAUACACUAUAUUUUCGAUUUAUAAGCGAUCUUUAA